AUGGAAAAUGCACAGCAAAGGAGAGCUGCUGAUAAAGAUUUAGGUGAACGAGGCCAAUGGAGCAAUAAAGUGGAGUUUCUAUUAGCUGUAGCCGGGAAUAUUAUUGGUCUGGGCAACGUCUGGAGAUUCCCAUACCUGUGUUACAAAAAUGGAGGAGGUGCUUUCCUGAUACCUUACAUUCUUUUUGCUGCAACAUGCGGUGUGCCCCUCUUUGUCCUGAACAUUUGUGUUGGCCAGUACACAAAGCAGAGUGCAGCAACAUCCUGGGGAAAACUUUGUCCAUUAGCAGGAGGCUUCGGGCAUGCAGGAUGUGUGUUUGCAUUGUACUUCUGCCUUGGCUACAAUCUCAUCCUGGCUUGGGCUCUUUUUUACUUUUUUGCCUCUUUUAGCUCCCAGUUACCAUGGAUUAGUUGUGAUAAUCUCUGGAACACUGUCAACUGUGUGGAUCUAUUGGCAAGCCAGAUCAAUCUGACUGAAAGCAGGACUCAGAGGAAUUUCAGUAUUUCUGCUGUCAUUGAAUUUUGGGAGGGGCGAACGCUAAAUGUCUCUUCUGGGAUUGAGACCCUGGGAAAACUGAACUGGGAGAUUUUACUAUGUUUACUUGCUGCUUGGGUGGCCUGUUAUUUCUGCACCUGGAAAGGGGUCAAGUCAGCUGGAAAGGCCGUGUAUUGUACAGCCAUCUUUCCAUAUGUAAUGAUGUUAGUGCUGCUGCUAAGAGGUUUAACUUUACCUGGCGCACUGCAGGGUAUCAAGUAUUACCUUUAUCCACAACCCUCACGCCUCACAGACCCACAGGUUUGGAUUGAUGCAGGAACACAAAUAUUUUUCUCCUACAGUCUGGGAGCUGGUACCCUAACUGUUCUGGCAAGUUAUAGUCCUUACAAUAACAACUGCUACAGAGACGGUAUUUGGCUAUGUGUGCUCAACAGCUGCACUAGUUUUGUUGCUGGAUUUGUUGUCUUUUCUGUCCUUGGUUUCAUGGCAGAGACACUGGGUGUUGGUAUUGAAGAUGUAGCACGCCCAGGUCCAGGUCUGGCAUUUAUAACAUACCCUCAGGCAGUGGCAAUGAUGCCCCUGCCACAAUUCUGGUCGACCUGUUUCUUUAUCAUGAUGAUUUUCUUAGUCCUGGAUACACAGUUUGUUGGAAUUGAGGUGGUCAUUACCUCAAUAAUCGACAUAUUCCCGACUGUACUCCGGAAACCCCAUAGGAGAGAACUUGUCCUGUUAUUUUUCUGCAGUGGCUGUUUCUGCUUUCAGAUUAUUUUAACAACGCAGGCAGGGGUCUACAUUUUUCAUCUAAUUGAUUAUUAUGGAUUUAAUGGUGCUUGCUACUUCUUCAUGUGUCUAAUUGAAGCUCUAGUAAUUGGAUGGAUUUUUGGAGCUGAUCGUAUGAUCGAUAUUAUUGAGGACAUGUGUGAUAAGAAACCCAGUGCAUUUUUUAAAUACUGCUGGCGUUAUUUUACACCACUGAUGUGCCUGGGAGCUUUUAUUUUGUGCAUUGUGAAAUAUCAACCUCUAAUGUACAACAAUGUUUAUGUAUAUCCAACCUGGACAUGUGUUCUUGGAUGGUUAAUGACUGUAUUUGCACCAGUGCUGGUCAUUACAUGGGGAUUAGUGAAGUUAUGCAGCCACUCAGGGACUCUAAAACAGCGUUUUAAAAGUCUGUGUACUCCAGAUGACAAACUUCCUCUUACCCGAAAGCAAAGAGCACAGCUACAGAUCAGUGAGACUCUAAUGGGAGGAAUCUGAUGACCAUGCAUUCAUCUUACUGUGUGUGUGUGUGUGUGUGUGUGUGUGUGUAUGUGUGU